AUGUCGGCAUUGCAACUUCAACGGGCAUUUGAGACCAAUGGGCCUCGAGGAGCAGCCUUUUUUGGUCCGAUGAGUUUUCCUUUUAAGGACAAAACUCUGCAUCAACAACUUUUGGAUGGCACCAUUCCAUCUGCAACGGAUCUCCGAAGCUCUGUUGGUUUUCCUGUGAAGGACGCGGCGCCAUUCAAUGUCUUUGCCAAGCAUCGCAUCAUGUCGGAUGCCGAUCGAGCGGAGGCUAUGUCCGAGAAGUUUGCCGAUUGGAAUGCAUCCACCCUCUCUGAAGCGGACAAGUUACAUCUUCUGGAAAAACGGCGGGUUGUUGCGGUAUUAGGUGUGUUUUCGACACCAGGAAAAACACCAGUAAUUGCAAUCGGUUCCAAUCCAAUUGGCACUCGCGUCAAUGGGGCGGAUUUAGCAACUCAUGGGGCUCCGAUUUGGAAUCAAGUCUUUGAUGACGCGUUGGUCCGGCAAUACUUGUCUGGUGAUGUCUCGUCUCCCACUCAUUCUGUGGUGAUGUCGAUGAACUCGAUGACAAGAGCAGGCCCAUUACCGGCAACUCGCGACGAAUUGGCGGAGCAUCUGCUGCCAGUCAUGUUGACUGGAAACUUGUCCAAGCUUCUGUUCUUGCCAGACGGCAGUUGUCCUGCUGUGGGAUUGUUCUGGCCGACUACCACUACCUUGGACGAAUUCGUUGCCUCCUUGAGCACUGGAAAUGGAAUGGUGGUUCAUGAUGGAUUGUUGGCAUUGAUUGAGAAGCAGCGACCUCAUUUCGAGGAGUGGUUCCAACAGGUCAACGACAACGCGAUUCCCUUACAAGUGAUGGCAGCAUCUGCGUUACCUUUAUGGGAAGCUCUACCAUCGGCGGCACAUCCAGACGGUGUUGGUCUGUUGGAUGAGGAGGCUGCUGCCGCGUUCAUGUUGCAGCAGCAUACGUUUCUCUCUUCGCUACUGUUGGAUAUGGGGCUAUUUACAAAGUGUGGAAGACGCCAAACUUUGCGUAACGAAUGUUAUCAGCUGGCGGCGUGGGUGAGACACGCGGCACAAUGUCAUCCGGAUGAGGAAUUGGGAAUCAGGGCGCCAGAGCGGUUGCCGUUUCUGACCUCACUUUUUCCCCCAGAAGGUGGAUGGCCCAUCCCAACAUUGGAUCCACUACUUUCCUUGGAUAAUAAAAUUGAACUACCCGACCCAUACGCCCAGUAUGAGCCUAGGUCCAUUUCAAUGAAAGAUAAUGAUACUUUUGUUCCCAGUCGUUUGCAGCUCCCAAGUGCAGAGGGAACUGAGGAUUUUCAGGCGUUUUUUGCGAGUCCACUUGCAACUGUAGCGCCAAGACCUACUGCACCUCCACAGGUACCUUUCCCUGCUCCACAACAGGGGGUGUCUCCAGCUACCGCUGGCAUUGUACCAACCAACGGUGUGCCUACAGUGACCCCAUCACCUCAGAAUGCGGUCCACGGACCAUUGCCAAUGCAGAAUGCGUUUGGGGGGUUGUCUGGUCUACAAGCAACCAAUUUGUUGCACCAGUUCACUGGCACUCCAGCACAACAAUCGCCCCAUCUUACAGACGUCCAACAGCAGGUCCCGCAGUCUCCGUUUCUAACUGGAGGGCAUGGUGGGUUUUCAUUUCCAGCAGUGUCGCCAACUACUCCUGCGGCGGCCACUGCUGCUACAACAACACAUGGCUUUCCAACUGCGGACUCGGUAGCAGGUCCCGCCGGUUUUGCACCACAAAUGAACCCUUGGGCAGCUACCUUGGCUUCUCUGGGUGCUUUGCAAGCAGCGGAUGGAUCAUAUUCGCCGUUCAAAAUGAACGUCCAAAGAUAUGCUCCUGCACAUCGGGCGACCAUUAAGUCUGAAACUACAAGGACAAUGUGUCCUCCCGUGUAUCUACAAGCUGCAUUGUUGUUGGCAAAACCCUUCAGUGAUGGCGCUUGGUUGGUUUUCUCCGAAGGUAAUACUGAACCUGCGUCCUCAUGGAUGCAAAUUGUGGACCCUUCGACCUUUGGGAAAGUUAUGCUUUCCCCACAUGAUCAGGGUUCUAAUAAAGGUGGUACUACUACAGAUAGUGUUAAUUUUCUGCACCAAGCCAUUGAUUUCCGAGCAAAGGCAGACAAUGCUUUCCGACUGGUUCGUCUUCCUGAAAGGGUUGCAUCUCGGGUGAUUACGGCGUCAAUGCAGAAGCUGAUCUAUCAUGUCUCGAGUUGGGACAUUGAAAGGGGCCGGCAAGCUCCCACAUUAGCUUCAAAGCGCUGGCAUAUCUUUCAUCUCUUGCCAUUGCUAAGGGAAGGUUACAGUGGCGAGCAUUUGCCAUCAAAUGGCCUCACUCUUUUGGAGGCCCAACAGUUUGGAAAAUUUCUCUUUUUGAUAAUGGCAAUGAUCGGAUCGGAGGAAAAAUUAAACAGUGAUUAUGAUGAUUCAACAUUUUCAUCAUCCAUCUUUGGAACAGUCUUAACAUUCCUCUGCCGGGUCCCUCAGAACUUGAAUCUCCAGAGGGUCUGGACAGAGCGUCAGAGAAGCUGUACUCAGCAAUGGAUGGAUGAUUUGAUUGCCACCUUUGAACUUGUGGCAAAGAUGGUAGCGUAUCGAUCUGGUUCGUCAUUUCGCACUUUUGGUAUGCGAGAUGCACAGUUGAUCCAUGACCAGGCAAAUCGUUUUGUGGUAGUUCCCACCAAAACUGGGGACAAUGAUUUUGCACAGAUGCCUCUGAGUUAUGUAACCGAUAUGAAGCGACUAUACACCCACUGUUUUGAUAAGUGGGCGCCAGGUAUUGUGGAUGUGCACGAUCCAAAAUGGGCUACUUCUUCUGCCCACCCGGCGUAUUUUUCUCGUUUGGUGAAUCCUCCACAAGAAAGACAAGGUGGUCUCCGCAGUGAUCCUGGUCGUGAGCCUGCUUUGAAACGUCUUAAGGCAGUUGGAUUUGCAGCAACACCUGAGGCCGGUACUGGUCCGAUCCAGGUGGUAAAACCUUUGUUCAAAUUGUUAGCUCCAGUUCCUCCGGGAAAAACCCCUUUUGAGGUAUUCAUGCCAAAGCUGCAAGCAAAGACAAGCCCAUUGAUUAUGAAUGCCAAUGGGAUCUGUCGAUCCCGCUAUCCGCCUUUGUCGGCGGGAGUGGGACAGGAACGCAUGCAUGUUGACUUCAAUGAUCCCUGUUGGCAGCGAGACAAUUACCGAGAAGAACAGUGGGCGCCAGUGGUAAAAUUUGUAAAGCAUUACCACGGGCUUGGGCUUCUUGGUCCAACACAGUGGUUGAAGGAUGCCACUCCCAAUACACCUUGGGCACCGUUGGAUUGUCGUCAGAAACGAAGCUUUCGUCAUACUCCUCCGCCUACAGUGAAGAACCGGUGGCCAGGUGACGGUGAUUGGCAACAUUUUCCUGUUGAUCAACGGGAAGUUGCUUUCAUGGAUGUGGCGGUUUCUGUCCAGGCAAGUGGUUUUUUAGACCCUACCGAUGUCGAAUGUUUGGGAAUGGCACAUCCAGAUUUGGUUGAAAAUUCACUUGUCUUAGAUACAUGGAUUUCAAAACCUUGGUCGCCUAUCCGGAGACGUCGCUGGGGCUUUGGAAAAGUGUCCAAGGAUCGCGGUCUAUCUCAUGAUCGUGUCAAUCCACGGUCCAUGAUACAUUUUGCUUGGAAGUUUCUUACACCAUCAGAACGGCGGAUAGCAAUGGAAGCAUUUCCCCAAUGGAAAUCAUAUGCGGCCCUCCGGCGCUUUGUUUGUGUUCACUCUGUUGCUGUCCUAAAAGCACCACGGGUUCUCCCUGCUGAUGCGGACGAACCCACAGCCCUGGAUAAGCAUCGUGCCUGGUUGAAUUCUGCUGGACUGUUGCGUUUUGAUUUUAACCAUGGUGAUCUCAUACGUUGGAUGGGGGGCGAGUACACCAAUCGACACCGUGAUUUCAAUGCAGAAUGGGAUGUCAUAGAAUCAAAAUUGCAGAAUAGAUCGAUUCCGUCUGAUCUUCCACCUACAAAAUUGGAUCUUGCUUAUCGAAUCCAGACAGAGGGUGUGCCUCUGCGGGGCCAGUUUACUACCCCCAUGACGGCAACAGGUCUGCGAAAUUCUUAUGAUAAUCAUCCCGCGGUGGAUGACAAUUUGGACAAGGUGGAAAAGAAGUUCGCAAAAGAAGAGUGGCGAUCAUAUCAUCUACACUAUCUGCGGUUUGUGUAUGAGUUCAUUCCUGGCCUUGUUAUCAAUCCAAUCCAAUGGGUUUUUGACAAAGGAAAAGGUCGGAUCUGCAUUGAUUGCUCCAAUGGUCCUGAUCCAUUUGGUUCUAUCAAUCGUUACAUUCCAUCUCCAAAGGAGGUCAAGGCCGCAAUGGAACACGCCAAAACGGCAACAGAGAUGCUCAAGCUGCCAAAGCUGCUGAAAAUUUGGAAUUGGAAUGCCCACAAGUUUUUUACCAACGAUAUUGAGGCUGCUUUCCGGAGAGUGUUAUAUCACCCAGAUCUGGCCUGUGCUUUUGCAUAUGUCUAUUCAGAUUAUCUCAUGGUACCUGUGGGUCAGGUUUUUGGCUCCCGCAGUGCACCUUCUUAUUACUGUGUGUUGGCAGAUGUUCGUCAAGCAUUGGCAGCGUGUCGACCAGAUGAUUCCAUUGUCCAUCCUUUGGUGGCAUCAUGUACCUUUGAGACUGAUUCAUCUACUCCUUUGGUCCAAGUUCCACAAGACUCCCAUUACCCGCUACUCUCUCUAGAAGAGCAGGAAAGUAUGUAUAAUGCUAGUUUUGUAGAUGACAAUGGUGUCGUGGCAUAUUUAAAAGAAAUGCCACAAGCGCUUCAGCACAGUGUCCAGUCAGCUUUUGAGACGUUUGGAGUGGAAGAUCGCCGUGGUGGUUGCCUUCAAGAUGCCAAGUGGACUUCUUUGGUUUCGGAGACAUUCAUGUUCUUGGGGUUUCGUAUCGAUACACAUCACAUGACCGUUUCAUGGCCGUUGGAGAAACGCCAAGCCCUCCAUACUGAAUUGAUGGAUAUUCUGGCACGACGACCCAAAUAUGUUACGCCAAAAGAAAUGGCACAUAUUGUGGGGGUCAUCAGAUCUGCGUCUGAAAUUGCGCCUUGGGGUACUUUUCUGAGUUUUAAUCUCCAGAACGCGUUGACAUCUGCUGCUCGCAACGCAUAUUCUACUGGCAGGACAUGGUGGACACGCUCUUGGAUAUAUCUUUCCAAUAUUGCAAUUGCCACAAUUCAUCAGCUUCUGGAGACUCUCCUGGUUCCGGAAAGUAGUCUUUUGUGGUCUCGACCUAUUGCACUUUAUUUGGAACGUGAUCCCACACACAGAGUCUAUUCUGAUGCAAGUUAUGCCGGAAUUGGUGGAUGGAGUUCUGAUUUUGGCUUCCUCUGGAGAAUCUGCCGUGAUGACUUGGCACGAGCGGGUUUUGAUAUGAAGCCGAUUGAUAUUGUGUCCUCAGAGCCUUCAGACAUUGCUCAUGAGGGUCUACACAUCAACCCUUUGGAGUUUCUUGGUGCUUUACUAAAUUUAUGGAUUACCAUCAAGCUUGUGAUGAAAGCUGGUCCCCGCGCUGGUGGAUACAUCAUUGAUCUUCUUGCCGAUAAUACAACAGCGCUUUCUUGGAUGUCACUUGCAUCGCGAACCAAAAAUCCUUUGUUACAAGGCUUGGCUCGACUUGAACGUGGUGGCAGAUGCAUUGAGCCGUCCGCCAACACUGGCGUCUCCCAAUCAGAAUGUGUUGGAUUGCGUUAUCGCUCAAUGGUCCCAAUUGGACAGGUGUCGCAUCUGUCUUCUACCUUUCAAACUACUCUCCGAGAUUGCAUCGGUGAUUUCGAGUCGCGCGACCGUGGUACAGUACGAGGUUCUAACGACCAAUCUUUUGACUCUCGAGCUGGACAUUUUGGAUCUUGGUGUACGCACAUGGGACUCUCCAAGCACGAUUUACGAGGACUAAGUCCUGACACUUGCAUUUUGGUCUUGGGUGCUUUCAUCAACAAGGUUCAAAAAGGCGACAACUUGACGCAAAAUGAAAAUGUGGGUUCUCAAACCAUUACAAACUAUCUGAAUGCCGCCCACCGUCUCCUUGAGGACAUUCAAGGACAACGGAUUGAUAUUCUUGACCCACAUUGCACUGGUAAAACAAAACGCUUUCACCCCUUUCUUAGUCAGCAAAUUGCUGAUAGUAAAGCCUGGUCUCAGCCACAACAGAAAAAAGAACCGUAUACCAUGGACAUGUUUGUGGCCCUUGUUGAAAAGUUUUGCAAAAGCUCGGAUCCCAUCACUUGUUUCCUUGGGAAAGAGUAUGCAGUAUAUGAUUGGGCUCGCCUGGGCGUCUUCACUGGUUUUCGAAUAACCGAAUACGCCCAAAACAGCAAAGUGAAGAAAGGGCACAAGUUUCUCUUGGUACCAGCCAAUUCUUGUGUGCCUCCGGAGUUUCAUCAUACUCCAAUGGCAUUUACAUUGGAUGAUCUUCGAUUUUAUGAUACCAACCAUAUCUGGGUUCCCCAUCGAUUGGUCCACAAACGGCACUUAAACAGGGAAAUCCUUGAGUUGGAAAUCCGUUGGCGUUAUGACAAAAGUGCUCAUAACUUCUCCAUUCGCCGUUAUAGGAUCACUGGUCAUCAUAUUUUUGAUCCUGUUGAUGCGGCAGUGAGUAUUGUUCAUCGACAUACCUUGUUGAAUGUCCCGUCGGCUUAUCCUUUGGGCGUUUGGAGCGACACUGGGGUCACUUAUCGUUUCAUAAAAGAUACAGAUGUCACCAAGGUUAUGCAACAUUCUGUGGAUCUUGCAUAUCCGGAUCCACACCAUUACAUGCGUCGCCACCGCCACCUUGUUCUACCGCAUUCCAAUCGCGUCACUGCUGCUGUCUGUUUGCAAAAGGGUGGGGCCAGUAAUGACGAAAUUGCGUUCAAAUUACGCUGGCAUCCGACGUCUGUACCCACCUAUUUGCGCGAUUGUUUCCAAGCAGUGGGCGACUUGUUGGCGCGGUCCAUAACGGGUGUCAUGAAGAUGUCCUUUUCUUAG